AUGAGCGCAUUGUCCAAAGUCAAUUUCCCAGGCAAUUUAAUACUGAAACUCCCGGAGUAUGCGCAUAAACAGGAGUUAUCCGAUUGCGAUGACGCAGAUGAAGACGAUGAAGGUACACUGGGUGAUUUGGGUCGUGGAGUUCUUAAAAGGGCAUGUGAAAUAAGAACUGAUAACUCAGAAGUGGAGGAGCAACAGUUUCUAAAUGAAGCGAGCAGUUCACUAGCCCCACGUACAAGGACUUCAACUCAAAGGAAAACUAAAAAAAGGAAGAUUUGCCGAAAAUGGUCCAAGAUAGUACUAAAAGCAAGUGAAUGUUCUAUCACAGCAAUACGCGAACAUACUCCGGACAUUGUAGCAGAUAUUUUGGAAAAUUAUAUAAGUCCAAUACAACUUUUUAAAAGAAUUUUUGAUAGCGAAUUUAUGGAAUGUAUACAAUCAGAGACUGUUAAGUACGCCAUAAACAAAGGAGAUGAAGCUUUCACCGUAAGUCUUGAGGAGUUAUACACAUAUUUCGGUAUCCUUAUACUAAGUGGAUACAACAAGCUAUUAGCAUGUACUGGCAGACAGAAAGUGAUGUGUACAAUCAUUUAGUGGUAGGUUCAAUGGCGAGGAAUAAGUUUGAAAAAAUACAUCGCUACCUUCACAUCAACUUCAUUUUCUGUAGACGAAUCGAUGGAGCCGUAUUUUGGUAAGCAUUCUUUCAAGCAGUUUAUACGAGGAAAACCAAUUCGCUAUGGAUACAAAAUUUGGUGUAUGAUUACUUCAGAAGGAUAUUUGUUGAACUUCGAUUCGUACACCGGAAAAAGCAUGAUUCGAUCUAAUGAGCCCUUAGGUUUAUCUGUCACAAUAAGUUUAUGUUAUCACAUAGUUCCCGAACACAGCACUCUAUUUCUAUAUAACUAUUUCAAUAGUUUUAAAUUAUUAGAAGAGUUUGAUAAGAAAAAUAUAACAGUGGUGGGAACGAUUCGCUCACACCGUAUUGAAAAUGCUCCUUUGAGCAGCAUGAAAAGAGAACUCCGUGGUACUUGUGAAGCACUAAAAUCUAAAAAUAUUACCCUAGUUAGGUGGAAUGAUAACAAUAAUGUCACCAUUGCAACAAAUUGUAAAAACGACAACAUAACGACAACAACCGGAUUAUGCAAAAUAUAUGAUCGACAACAGAAACGCAGACAAGACGUAAAGCAACCAGUCAUUAUCAAGGAGUAUAAUUCGGGAAUGGGUGGAGUCGAUCUCUUUGACCAGCAAAGGGCAGCGUAUCGAACUCAAAUUUGGUCAAGAAAAUGGUAUUGGGACAAUUUUCAGAUUUUGCUUAAAUGGUGACGUUGUAAAUUUAUGGAUAUUAUUUAGGAAAGCUUAUCCACAAGUUACUCUUCUCGGCUUCAUUCGACGACUUACAAGGAGCAUACUUUCAAAGCCAAUAGAUUUUCAUCCAGUCUCAUCACGAAAGAGAAAACGAGAAAACGAAACCCGCGCCGAUGCAAAAA